ACACCAAAUCACAAAAUAAACACUUGUGCAAGUCAAACAAUGGACAUUCCGCCACAGGAGUUUUUUUUUUUCUUCACAGGGAAGUGGUCCACUGAGCUGGACGACGUGCUGUUAGCAUCAGCUGUGCGCAAGAAGGAAAACUUACUUGUGGAAGGUCCUGGCGUACCAGAAAGUGUCAUAUCCAUGGCUGGUGUGAAGAUUCAUGCUGACUUUGGGGUUAUGAUCACCCAGUCAGAGAUGGAGAGGGUGCAGCUGCUCGAGACAUGUUUUCGGAUGUUGAAAGCGGUCGUGGCAACCCCUGGAGUUGCUUGGGUACCCAAAACGAAGGAUGUCAACACCGAAGAUCGUGUGUGGAUUCAGAUAUUUGAGACGAACCUGUUUGCCACCACGAACUACCAUCAAGACGAACCGGAGUUCAAUCGCCUACCCAUCCUCUUCGUCCCUACAGACGUGAAGAUCAAAGCAUCAGAAGGAUUGAAGGAAGUGAUCCAGAAAGAAAUCGUGAUUCUGUCCGACACCACCGACAACCGCCGCAAUGUGAUCAACAUUUCUGACAAUGACUCCACAUUCUCGGAGGAGGUCAACUCCCCUGCUAAUCUUGUAUGUGAAAAGGUUAGGCGCAAGUUAUUCGAUGGCUAAGAAGCAGAAGCAUCGGAUCAUGAGUCGUCAAACAGGACACCAACUUACUUCUACGUGCUAGGUCCGAAUGGGAAACCGGUCAGGAAGAUGUUACUCACGCGUAAACUGCCUGUUUAGAUUCACGUUCCUAGUCCAAACUCAUCUCCUGGAGGAUCAUCACAAGCUUCGAAUAAUCCAUUCCCACUGACUGAUCAAAUUGGGAGUUGAAGUUGUUGAUAAAGAUGCUUCUCUGAUAUUCAGUAAUCGAGAGGAGUAUUAAGUAAUAUUAUCUAAGUGGCAAUGGCAUGACAUAUACAAACAGAUCUUUUGCUCUCUUUUGUUUGGCUAAUUGUUUCAUUAGAAAUACCUAGGUACGUAUGGAAAUCAGUUUGUUUGCAUGAAGGUAGAGCUUCAAUUAAAUUGUGCUUAUGAAGUGGAGCGUGUAGUACCGUGUACCUUGUAAAUUAAAUUGUGGAAGUAUUAUCAAAAUGAAGUUCAACAAGUAA